AUGUCAUUGACAGAGUCGACACCCGACGCCGCCGCAAAGGCUGCCUCUCUUUCGGCACGCAGCCUCGCAGUCCUAUCGGUUGCAGCACGAAAUGAAGCCCUAACGGCAAUGCAUGACGCUUUGCUUGCCAACAAAGAAUCAAUCCUCGCUGCCAACGCACGGGACAUGGCUCAAGCCACAUCUGCAUCGGAGUCCGGUCAUCUCUCACAGGCGGUGUUGAAACGUCUCGACCUAUCCAGACCUGGAAAAUAUGAUGACAUGCUCCAGGGUAUCCUGGAUGUGCAAGGCCUCGACGAUCCUAUCGGCAAAUGCGACCUGCGGACCCUGCUUGACGAUGGACUGGAGCUGGAGCGCGUCUCCUGUCCGAUUGGGGUGCUGCUUAUCAUCUUCGAAGCCCGGCCAGAAGUCAUUGCCAACAUUGCAGCGUUGGCGAUUAAAUCGGGCAAUGCCGCGAUACUGAAAGGUGGAAAGGAGUCGUCUGCCUCUUUCGAGACUAUUGCCAAGGUGAUUGGGUCUUCGUUGGAAAAGACACAGGUGCCGAAUGCGGCUAUCCAGCUCGUCAAGACGCGGGAUGUCAUCGAUCAACUGCUGGGACUGGACCAAUAUAUUGACCUCGUCAUUCCUCGGGGCGGAAAUGAACUCGUUCGAUACGUCAAGGAGCACACCAAGAUCCCAGUCUUGGGCCAUGCGGACGGGCUAUGCAGUAUCUACAUACACAGUGAUGCUGACAAGGACAUCGCAGUUCGUGUGGUGGUUGACUCCAAGUGCGAUUAUCCAGCGGCCUGCAACGCCGCAGAGACCCUGCUGGUGCAUGAAGCCGCUCUGACAACCAUCCUACCAGCUGUAGCUGAAGCGCUGUUUGCGAAAGGUGUCUCUCUGCGGUGUGAUGAUAAAAGUUUUGAUGCUUUGAAGCGGCUGCUCCCUCCAGCCAGCGCGACUCUGGUACAGAGUUCCACCGACCAGGAUUACGAUACGGAAUUUUUGGAUUUGAUUAUGGCGGUAAAGACGGUGCCUGGCUCAAAACUAGGUGAUGACACGGACGGUGGUUCGCUAGACAUGGCCGUUGCACACAUCAAUACGCAUGGCUCGAAGCAUACCGACUGCAUCGUAACAAGCUCUAAAGAGGCGGCAGACAAGUUCAUGUCUUCGGUCGACGCGGCCGGUGUGUACUGGAAUGCAUCUACGCGGUUCGCGGAUGGCAUGAGAUACGGCUUUGGCACCGAAGUCGGCAUCAGCACGAACAAAAUCCACUCGAGAGGACCGGUUGGCCUCGAGGGCCUCACCAUCUACAAGUACAAGUUACGGGGUCAUGGUCAAGUCGCUGGUGAAUACGGAGAAGGAAGCGGUAAAAGACGGUAUAAGCAUGAGAGAUUGGCCGUCUGA